AUGGCCGACCCCUGCACCUGGCAGGGCGUCGGCUGCGACGCCACAGGCCGCGUGACGCACCUGGCCUUCAUGUAUGGAGACCUGCUGUUGCCACUCCGCCUGUCCAGCUCGUUUGUGGAGCUGGUGGCGCAGCUGCCGGCCCUGCAAGUGCUCAACAUGCAGCAGGCGUCCACCUUUGACCACCCCACCCAGCUGCCAGACUCGUGGGCGGGCCUGAAGCAGCUGCGGACGCUCAGGAUGCUCCAGGUCGAGUUCUCCGGCAGCCUGCCGCCCUCCUGGGGCGCCAAGAACCUCGAUCUUUCCUUCAACCGCCUGUCGGGGACGCUGCCGCCAGGCUGGGCCAGCCCUGUGCUGAGUACCAUCAACGUUGGGCAAAACCUGCUGACUGGCACCCUGCCAGCCGAGUGGGUCGAUGCGCUCCCUGCCCUGACCUCCCUUCAGUUGGAUCACAACCGACUGAGGGGCACCCUGCCCAUCGUGUGGCAGUGGUUCCCCAAGCUGGAGUACCUCUGGCUGUACAACAACCGCCUCACCGGCACCCUGCCCCAGGGGCUGGGCUGCAACGGCAGCUUUGCGCGGCUGAGCCAGCUCGAUCUGUCGCACAACAGCCUGACGGGCAGGCUGCCCGCUGGGUAUCUCCAAAACAACUCUCUUGCCGGCACGCUGCCGGUUCAGCUGCCCUGCUCCUUCCCGGCCCUGCAGCAGCUAGACGCAGCCUUCAACCAGCUCAGCGGCACUCUGCCACCCAACUGGUGGGGCGCGCGGGAGGGCUCCACACUGUCCUGGAAGAACCUGGGUGCCCUGAUCCUGCACCACAACCGCCUCAGCGGCCCUCUGCCUCCCGGCUUCCUUGUGCGCCCUCCACGCGACCAGCACAUGUUGAGGGCCGUCGACCUGUCCCACAACCAGCUCACCGGCACACUGUCCAACCUGGUUGGCCUGGACCUGCAGCAUCGCAAGCCCAAGUCGUUCCACCUGCAAGUCUUAUCUCUCGCCGACAACCUCCUGCAUGGCAGCUUGCCCAGCAACUGGUCCCGUGCUGCUACGCUCAGCGGGCUGCUUGGCUUGAACCUAUCGGGCAACGCGUUUACGGGCACGCUUCCAGCCAGCUGGCUGGCCAUCGAGGCCUGGCCCAACAUGCACUUCCUAGAUGUCGCCAGGAACAAGUUGGAGGGACUCAUAGACGUGCCUCCCAGGGGUGCCAAGCGGCAGUUUUCGCUGCUGGUCUGGCCCGGCAACAGCGGCUUGUGCACCGGCGCUGCCGACACGGGGUCCCCCGCCGCGUGCCUGAACGUCAGCGACACGGUGGCGUGGAAGGAGUCGGUGUAUAGCACGGGUUCACAUGUGUCUCACCACUAUGAGCAGAUACGCGAGCACUCCCCAGACCCUGGCUGGGCCGUCUGCUCCCGAGUCGAUGCCACAGUGUAUCUGGCUCGCCUGCACGAUGCGCUGGCGGUGGCGGUGAAGGUCAUGCUGCUGCCUGUGGGUCCUAUGCUGAACGAGCAGCUGCAGCAGGAGGUGUCGUUGGUGCACCGCUGCCACCACCCUGGCAUACUGCAGCUGGUUGGCGUGUGCUGGGCGCAGGGCCUGGUGUUUGUGGUGACAGAGCUCAUGUCCGGUGGUUCGCUGCUCAGCCAGCUGCCCAACCCGGUGCUGCGCUACCAUGCCAGGGGCCGGGAGCUGCUGCUCCAAGUUGCCAGCACGUUGCACCACCUACAUGGCCGCAAGAUCGUGCACCUUGACCUGAAAGCGAGCAAUGUGCUGCUGGAUGGAUCACUGGGCACUGCCAAAAUCUGCGAUCUCGGGCAGUCAGGCAUCCUGCAGGCCAGCAUCGUGACAGCUCAUGGCACCCCCAACUGCUACUCUUCCCCCGAGCAGCUGGCAGGGGGCUGGUGCGGCCCAGCAUCCGACAUUUACAGCCUGGGAAUCGUGAUGCUGGAGGUGCUGACGGGCCGGUGCCUGAGCAUUGCCCUGUUCAUGUGGCAGAGCUGGUAG